AUGGCAGAAAAAAAAGCAGGCUGGAAAGCAUAUGUUAUCCAGUACAUGAAAGGACUCCGACAAGAGAAACCAAUGGCGCAGAAGAAAGAUGCGCUCAACGAGCGUGAAUUGCUUCGAAUGAGGCGUGAGGAAUUAAAACAUGCGCAAGAUAUUCGGGAAAUGUAUGAGGAUAAGCUGAGACGAGCAACUAAAAUUUAUUCGAAGUUGGAGCAAUGUUUGGACGAUCUGGCAGUGCGUGAACGGGAAAUUUGCGAGCGCGAACGACAAGUUAGGGAACGUGAAAACCUUAAUGUUCGCGAUUCAAACCACGGCUUAUCCUAUGAGGAACAAGAAGAAAUGUCUUCAUCGGGAAAUGAAUACCACUCUGAAUACGUGUACCGGAACUCAUCAGCAAGAUGCUCUGCUAGUAGCAUAACGACAAGUGGAGCUUUCCCAUCAUCUCAAUCGCUGACUUUCAGUCGACAAAAUUCCGGUCGCAGUUCAUCAGGCUACAAUCGAAAGUCAAAUAAAACUUCACCUAGGCGAAUGCCAACUUCAAGUUCAGAACGUAACUUCUCUCGGGAUUCAUCGAUCCGAUUGUCCAAUUAUUUUUGCAACAAUCAAGCUGAUCUUGUUCGUGGAUCUCCUGCUCGAAAUUCCGGUGUUUCCGAAACUUCUUGUGAUUCCGGUUUCCACAAUUUGUAUGACAUUGAUCUUCCAUUUGGAACUUCAACAAACGCACUGGUACAUGAAUGCAGUUUUUGCGGACAACCGAUUAUCACAACGAAUUUUUAUCGAAAUACGGAAGGACGUUGGUCUGAUGGACGUUUAGCAUCACAUAGAAGGAAGAAUAGGAAGAGUACAGCAAGCUCCAACCGAGAUUCACUGCAACGGAUGACCCACGUACCUACGAAAGAGAAACGUUCAUCAUAUACGCGACCAAGUCAAUCAUUGGCAGAAUCUACGCUGUCCAAUGGUAGAGCAACAAGAAAGACUUCAUUAUGCGAAAUAACCGAUAACACAUCCUCCAAUUUGCAAAACAAAAUUGUCAGCUGCUCGACCAUUAAAAAAUCACGAGAAGCGGAAGCACUAGUGGACGAAGAAUCCAAUGUGACCAUUCCACCAUCAACUAGUUGUUACCAGGGAAUAUUAAAAGAGAAAGAAGAUACAUGGAUGCCACAAAGUAAACAGGCGGUUGCAUGUGAUAACGAAAAGACAAGUGGAAGAGAUGAUAAGCUGACAAAAGAAGUUUCUGAUGCUUCGGCAGAAGAAAGUUCUGAACAGCAGGAUGAAAAUAACGGGAAUAUUUUGGAUUCAUCGCUCGAUUCUCCAAGUGCUUCUUAUAUCGUUUUCCGGAGAUUUAGAAAUCCACAGAGCACAAAUGAUAGUGAAAGGUCAAGCUGUCUGCUAAUUACUUCCUCUUCAACAAUGGAAUCAUCAUUGGAACGAAGUUUAGAAAUGGCUGCCAUACAUUCUGACGGUCUUUCAGAUAAAGAACGACAAGUUCGCGCUGUUAAAAAUACAAUUCGAACACACCGCAGGACAGCAAGUACUCCGUUAUCGAUACCAUCUGCGGUUUGUGAAACAAGUUCAGAAAGUGAUGCAGAACAAAUCGUAUAUUGUUAG